UUGAGAAUUUAAGGGGGAAUAGACCUUCUUUUUAUCUUCAUUUUGCACAAUAUCAAUUGGAAAAUAAUUGUAGAAUUAUUCUCCUGGGAAACAAGUUAGGUUUCAGAUUAUAUUCCUUAGAAUUAAUUAUGGAAUAAAUUCCACGCCCACUCGUUUACACGUUUCUUUACAACUCCUUUUGAUUAUUAAAUACUAUUUUCCAAUAUUUCUCUCAAAACCCCCAAGCUCAGUAUUCCUCUUCAAUUCUUACUUGUACAUGAAGAAAAUGCCAACGCCUUCCUCAAUCUCUCCUCCUCCUCUUUCCCUUAGGAUUUAUCAUCUCCUCCUCUACCUUUAAGCAGUUUCUUUAUUUAGGAUCGUUUAUGCUUUAAUAUAUUUUUUUUUUUCAAUAUUAUUCAUCAUCAUCAUCUUCUUCUUCUUCUUUAUGGGGGUUGGUUUCUCUGGUUUUGCUUCACCCAGUGGUGGAGGUCCUUCUCCAUCAAGACCCAGUCUUGAUGAUGUGCCGGAGGGUUGUGUCUCUUCCAUUCUUAUGUACUUGGAUCCACCGGAGAUAUGUAAACUGGCCGGGUUGAACCGAACCUUCCAUGGCGCUUCUUUAGCCGAUUUUGUGUGGGAGACGAAGUUGCCAUCAAACUAUAAAGUUCUUGUUAAGGAAGUUUUACAAGAAAGUCCAGAGAGUUUGAGCAAGAAGGAGAUUUAUGCAAGAUUAUGUCAAGCUAAUUGCUUCGAUGGUGACACCAAGCAAGUUUGGCUGGAUAAGAGUAGUGGCAAGAUUUGUCUGUCGGUUUCAUACAAGGCAUUGAAAAUUACUGGGAUAGAUGAUCGGAGAUAUUGGAAUCAUAUGUCAUCUGGGGAAUCCAGGUUCCAUAUGAUUGCAUAUCUUCAACAAAUUUGGUGGUUUGAAGUAGUUGGAGAAAUAGAGUUUGAAUUUCCUCCAGACACAUAUAGCCUCUUCUUCAGGCUUCAAUUAGGCAAAGCAUCAAAAAGAUUUGGGCGACGAGUGUGUAACAUGGAUCAAAUUCAAGGAUGGAAUAUAAAACCCGUCCAAUUUCAGCUAUCAACAUCCAACGGCCAGCGUGCUUUGUCGGAAUGUUACUUGCAUGAACAAGGAAAUUGGGUUUACUAUAAUGUUGGUGAAUUCACAGUCGAUAAACUUCACCCACAAAUUAAGAUAAAGUUUUCGAUGAUGCAGAUUGAUUGUACGCAUAUUAAAGGUGGUGUAUGCCUGGAUUCUGUGUUAAUAUGCCCUAGUGAGUUGAGACACAAAUUAAACCAAUUUUAAGCAGUCAAGGCAAAUCUUUUGAGUUAGCUGGUAAAAUUUUACAUAUACAGGGUACAUAGAUAAGGGGAUAGAAACACGUCUAUCGGGAAAACUGGGUGUUUUUUUUUUUUUUAAAGUACAUCUGGGCCUGGUGUUUGUGAUUGUAAGGCUUCAAGCUUCAUGGAUACCCAAGUGGGUAGCUUUUUUUUUUCUCCACAAUCUUAUUUACUUGUACAAGUACAUUACCGCCAUGUAAUUAGCUUGCUAGAGUAUUUUCCCCUCCUCUUAUUGAAGCAGAGACAAUGUAAAGUUUUUUCUUUUCCUCCACUUAUUAAAGAGGGGAAUGUAAUGCAAGUUCAGCUUUUAUAUGUACAUAAAUUUCCAAUCCUAAAUAACAUGAGUAGAAGUGGUGAAGAAGGGUGUAUUGUGUUCUCUAA